AUGUCCUUCCUCUUUGGCAAAAAAAACAAGGGAGAGAAGGAUCGAGGGGCGCCUCCCACCAGAGAUGGAGCGCCAUCAGCAGCGUCGGGCACAUCUAUACCACCCACCAUCAAUGGUGCCAGGGCGAGAGGACUCAGCGGGGUCUCUAGCCCAGUGCCAGGGGCGGGUGCGAAGAUUACGGAGGGCAACAGCACCCCAACCCCAGAGCCAGGUCAUGACCAGAGACCUGGCAUGGAACAUGAACCUCAGCAUGCCCCUCCCCGACCCCAAGGCCCAACCGGACCUCCUCCAGGUGUCAAUCCAGCUGCGCUUUAUCCGUGGUCCCAGAGGCGUCUGACCUUCACAUCCUCACAGCCGAAUCCUUUCCCCCGAUAUGGCGCCGCAGUCAAUUCAGUCUCCUCGAAAGAAGGGGAAAUAUACAUGAUGGGUGGCUUGAUUCAUGGAUCCACCGUCAAAGGAGACUUGUGGAUGGUAGAGUCUGGUGGAUCGAACCUGGCCUGUUAUCCGGUAGGGACCACAUUUGAGGGACCUGGACCUCGAGUGGGGCACGCAAGUUUACUCGUUGGAAAUGCCUUUAUCGUUUUUGGCGGAGACACAAAAAUGGAUGAGCGAGAUAAACUUGACGAUACUUUAUAUCUACUCAACACCUCAACCCGUCACUGGUCGCGAUCAAUGCCUGCUGGGUUUAAGCCCACCGGCCGAUAUGGGCAUACUUUGAACAUCAUCGGAUCAAAAAUCUACGUGUUUGGUGGUCAAGUAGAAGGCUAUUUCUUCAAUGACUUAGUGGCAUUCGAUCUCAAUGCAUUGCAACAAUCGAACAGCAAAUGGGAGCUUAUGAUCCCGUCUAGUGGAGAAGGUGGGCCUCCUGAAGGCGUCAUACCCCCAGCCAGAACAAAUCAUUCAAUGAUUAUGUGGGGUGACAAGCUAUUCCUAUUUGGAGGCACGAAUGGCACAACUUGGUUCAGCGAUGUCUGGUGCUAUGAUCCGAAAACGGUCGGCUGGAGUCAGCUGGACUGCAUUGGCUACAUUCCGGUCGCACGAGAAGGACAUUCGGCUGCGCUUGUAGGCGACGUGAUGUACAUCUUUGGAGGCAGGACACAAGAGGGCACCGAUCUAGGGGAUCUAGCAGCUUUCAGGAUUACCUCACGACGAUGGUAUACAUUUCAAAACAUGGGACCUUCACCUUCUCCUCGAUCUGGGCAUAGCAUGACCGCUUUCGGUAAACAGAUCGUCGUUCUAGCUGGAGAACCGAGUACGGCCCCUCGAAAUCCAGAAGAGCUAAGUCUCAUAUAUAUUCUUGAUACGGCAAAGAUUCGAUAUCCGAAUGAUCAACAGGCACAGCAAGCACCUGGGGGGAAAGAGUCGCAGGCAACCGAAGACCAAGCCAGGAACGUGGAGUCCAACAGGCAGGUAUGCAGCAACAAGGCAUAA